CUCACGGUAACGCGCGCGCGCGCCCUCUAGCGGGCGUCAUCGCGCCCCGUGACGUCACUUCAGCACCAUAGAGGAGAACAGCUCCUUCCGCUCGACUAAUGGACCCGAAUCCGUGAUCGCGCAAUCCAGCCGAUGGAGCUCGAACCGGACCGGGCCAGAACACCACACACACCACACACACCACGCCGAGCCUAGAGAACAGCACGCGCGCGCGGGGAUCGAGGAGCGAGACGCGUUUACCGCGGAACAUCAGAUCAGAUCCAACAACAGCAUCCAUCCUCCAGGGACACGGUGUGUUGACGAGCAGCGGUGCUCCGGAGAGAGAGGUGAGGGCCACUUUCCUGAAGGGUGGGUAACUCGCGGGCCACCCUCGCCCCUUCUGCCCCCAUGGCUUGUGUCCAUGAGCAACAUGCCCCUUCCCCCUCCCUCUCCGGGUUCAGCACCCCGCUCUCUGAUCCGCCCUUCUGCCGGCCGGAUUCGGAGGUGCCGGCGAGCACCCCAGACACCGAACUCACCCCGACCCAAUGCGUCCUCCGUAACGUGCUCUCCAUCGACCCCGUCGGGGGCGGCAGCGGCACCCACAGCAACAGCCCCACCCUAAGCGACGAGCCCACCAACUUCUCCAACAGCGUGCUGAAGCUGCAGGAGGGCGGAGCCGAGGGCGGAGCCGUGCGCAACCAGUCCGACAGCUUCCGGCUGCAGGCGGGCGGAGGGGGCUUUCUGGAAGGCUUGUUCGGAUGCCUGAAGCCAGUGUGGACGAUGAUCGGGAAAGCCUACUCCACAGAGCACAAGCAGAGCCACGAGGAUUCCUGGGAGGUGCCGUUCGAGGAGAUCUCCGAGCUGCAGUGGGUUGGCAGCGGGGCGCAGGGGGCGGUUUUCCUGGGCAAGUUUCAUGGUGAGGACGUGGCUGUGAAGAAAGUAAGGGACAUCAAGGAGACUGAGAUCAAACAUCUGCGCAAGCUCAAGCACCCCAACAUCAUCACCUUCAAGGGCGUGUGCACGCAGGCCCCGUGCUACUGCAUCCUCAUGGAGUACUGUGCGCAGGGCCAGCUCUACGAGGUGCUGAGGGCUGGCAGGAAGAUCACUCCCUCCCUGCUGGUGGACUGGGCCAUGGGCAUCGCCGGCGGCAUGAACUACCUCCACCUGCACAAGAUCAUCCACAGAGAUCUCAAGUCUCCCAACAUGCUGAUCACACAUGACGACCUGGUGAAGAUCUCAGACUUCGGCACGUCUAAGGAGCUCCGCGACAAGAGCACCAAGAUGUCGUUCGCCGGCACCGUGGCCUGGAUGGCGCCAGAGGUCAUACGCAACGAACCCGUGUCUGAGAAAGUGGACAUCUGGUCGUUCGGUGUGGUCCUGUGGGAGAUGCUGACCGGAGAGAUCCCGUAUAAAGAUGUCGACUCCUCCGCCAUCAUAUGGGGCGUGGGCAACAACAGUCUCCAGCUCCCGCUUCCCGACAGCUGCCCGGACGGCUUCAAGAUCCUGCUCCGACAGUGCUGGAACUGCAAACCCAGGAACCGGCCGUCGUUCAGGCAGAUUCUGCUGCAUUUGGAUAUCGCCUCAGCAGACGUGCUGUCCACGCCACAGGAGACAUACUUCAAAUCACAGGCGGAGUGGCGUGAGGAGGUGAAGCAGCACUUUGAGAAGAUUAAGUCGGAGGGCACGUGUCUGCACCGUCUGGAUGAAGAGCUGAUUAACCGGCGACGGGAGGAACUCAGGCACGCGCUGGACAUCAGAGAACACUACGAGAGGAAGCUGGAGAGAGCCAAUAACCUCUACAUGGAGCUGAACGCCGUCAUGCUGCAGCUGGAGCUCAAAGAGAAGGAGCUGCUUAGGAGGGAACAGUGUCUGGAUAAGAAAUAUCCCGGUCUGUUCAAACAUCACCCCUCGACCACCGUGGACAAACUCAUCAAGAAGAGAAGCGUCCCUCAGAAGCUGCCGUCUCACGGCAAGAGACCUGACCUCCUGAGGUCCGAGAUCAUUCUCCCCAAGAUGGACGCCGGUGUGAUGCAGGUGACCGUCCCGCCGUGUGCAAACCGAGGACCGACCUCUCCUAGUCGGAACCGCAGGGUGAAAACACGUCAUCGAAGGGGUGGCCGAGGAAGCAGUGGGGAUCUGUCCGGGCCUAAGCACCCCUCUGCCCCUGCUAGCCAAGAGAGAAAGCCCCCGCUGUCCAGCACGACGGUGCCCGCCGCGCCGCUAGCUGAAACGGCCUCGGUGGGCGCCAUGAGGGAGGGCCAGCUGGAGCCACCCCCGCUGAAGCUGUCCUCGUCCAGCCCGGAUCUGCUGUGCUCCACCCGCCACGCUGAAGAUGGAGUCGGCGGUGCCGCCACGACUGAAGCGCUGGCCAGAGAGACCAGCGGAGGAGCUGAAGCGGGCGCCGGUCUGGACGAGACUCCGCCCAGAAGUGACACGGCCAGCGAGGACGCUGCUUCCCUGCCGUUCUCCAGCAGCCCUGACUCCCCCUGCUGCGGCCGGAGCGGGGCGGUGGGCCGAACCCAUGCCGAGGAGAGAGAGGAGGGCACCGGCGCCGUGCGAUUGCCCAGAGGAUCCAGCGGAAGUCACCUGACUCCAUCAGCCAUCCUGUAUCGAGCUGCUAUCACACGCAAACAGCGGCGUGGUGUUUCCUCUGAAGAAGAAGAGGGUGAAGUGGACAGUGAGGUGGAGUUACCAAGAAGACGACGGCCAACCAGUAUAACCAAGUGCCAAUCAGUAUCCACGUUCAGCUCAGAGAACCUAUCGGUCUCAGAGGGAGAGGAGGGCCACACCACUGACCACUCCCACAGCGGCACACCAGACGUUGUCAGUACCAACACCGACGAGCGUCUGGACGACCGCAGCGAUGACCUCAUCUCCCAAGGGUCUGAGAUCCCUGUGGAUAUUACAGACCCCGCUCUGUCUGAAAGAGAGGCAGCCGCCCUCGAACAGGAGAGAGCCAAUUUUGACCUGGAACAAAAUAUCCUGGAGACUCGCGCAUUAUGUGAGGACUCGGACUGUGACAGCGCUGAGCUUGACCAAUCAGGCAGCGGAGAGCCGAGCCGUCCCCCGAGUGCAGGAGGCUGGGGCCAGGGGCCACAAAACUGAAACACACACACGUGAACCCGUGCAAUCAAGCACACACAUGCAUCACACCAGCACACACUUUCACUUUAGGUUGCACCAAAGUAAAACUGAUAUUCGUGAAACACGUGUGUGUACACAUCAUCUAAGAACACGUCUAGCCACACAAAGAACAAAUACACUGACACUGGUCAUAACAAAUUGGGGAUAUCAAACUGCCUCGUGUCCGCCACGGAAAAUCUAGGAAGACGAGACGAACCAUGUGAAAAGACCAAUGCAAUUCAAAACUUCAGGGCAUUCCCAAUAAGCAGCAGUGAUGCUUUCGUUAGGUUCGUGCUAUUCACCACAUGUCCGUUAGUGUGUGGAAGGACGAUUCGAAGUCAAAGAGUGUAGAUCGAUUCUGAAUGUGUAGAGCCGAACGAAACUCCUGAUCGCAGGAAUCUUCCUCCUUCGGCUGGAUAAAGUGGUGACGUAAUGAAGAUUGGGACUGACUUCACUACUAUGUACAGAUGCUUCCUUUCCAAAGCAUUUACAAGGUGCAUAUACGAAUGUGAUCUAUUACGACUAUAACGUCCGGAGUGUAUGUAAAUAUAUAUUUAGUAAUCUAAGUCUAAGAAUACGAAAGAAAACUAUUUGGUAACGUAAUUUAACCAGAAGACGGUCCGGUUUCGACUAUUCUCUCCUGUGCUUGUGCCACUCGACCACGGCAGCUCAAACUGGUCUGAGAUCAGCAGAUCGCUGUGUAAAUGUACAGUUCUACAGUCAGGUGCAGGACCUUUGAUGCAAGUCUACAUGAACACAGACUGAACGGCACACGUAAACGAACACGAUCUACGACACGGAGAUGUCCGUUCAACUGUCCGCUCUCCUCUGACCUCUCGGAUUAUCUUUCAAUACUGUUUUCUUUGGUAGGGACAUGCAAUAUGUACAUUUCAACUAAUCUGAAGAAAGCACUUUUAUUUUCUGCACUGUAAAAAUAAAGUAAAACAAAUAAAUGACAAUAAAAAAAAGUAUAUGAAUUUUAGCUUGCCAGAUGUAGGUCUGAGAAGGGUAAUGUCCUGAAGAACAAAAUGCAUGAUAUACAUUUUUAUGUAUUUUAAUUUUUAAAUUGAUUGUUUUUAUACAUCUAAAGAAAUGUUUGCACCUUUUUUACCUUGAAUGUGUAACGUUGUGUUGCUUGUAGGCACUUUACAGUAGGAUGUUUAUAUACAGUACAUGAUCACUUUCUCAUGUUGCACUCAAAAUGUAUUUAACGAUGGAUCUAUAGAUGCAAUCCUCCAGUAAAAACAGCCUUUUUAAAGGUUUCGGACACCUCAAACCACAUCUUUUUUCUGAUGAGGAAUGGAAAUUGGACUAUUGAACGUUGGCAGCUGUAUUCUAAAACUCAAAAGUCAUCCAAUUGGUCACAUUUACAUAGACAGCAAUAAUCUGACUAUGACUAAGAAAUUGCUAUGUAAAGAAAAAAUGCAUUUUUCUGGCAUAUUUGCUAAAAGCAUGAAUGAACUGAGAUUACUGAAGUCAUGUAAACACCUCAAUCCAUCAUCCUACAGCAAACCAUCUGAUGACACGUUUUAUGUUUGUGAACUUGUAAAAAAUAAAAAUAUAUAAUUAUUAAAUAACUGCUAAGCUACAAAA